AUGAAGAGAGGGAUGUGGGUUUGGAGGGCUCUGGCAGAGGUGUUUCUUCUCAGUGCUUUCCUGGUGUGUCUCAGUUUGCCUGGCUCCAGAGGACAGAUACCGCAUUCUCUUGAGUCAAAUACAGUCAACGGGAGCCUUGCUAGGAGCAGACAGGUGCGGAGUGUGGAUGUUGCCCCAAUGCCUGUUGACUGUGAGCUAUCCAGCUGGUCUUCCUGGACUGCGUGUGACCCUUGUCAGAAGAAGAGGUACAGACACACCUACUUGCUCCGGCCCUCUCAGUUCAAUGGGGAACCCUGCAACUACUCUGACAAGGAAGUGGAAGACUGUGUUACCAGUAGCCCAUGCAGAAGUCAAGUGAGAUGUGAAGGCUUUGUGUGUGCACACACAGGGAGGUGCAUCAAUCGCAGACUCCUUUGCAAUGGGGACAAUGACUGUGGAGACCAGUCUGAUGAGGCAAACUGUAAAAGGAUUUAUAAAAAAUGCCAGCGGGAAAUGGACCAAUAUUGGGCAAUCGGCACUCUGGCGAGUGGGAUAAACCUAUUCACGAACAGUCUGGAGGGUCCAGUCCUGGACCACAGGUAUUAUGCUGGUGGAUGUUCCCCCCAUUACAUCCUGAACACGAGGUUUAGGAAGCCAUACAAUGUGGACAGCUAUACCCCACAGACCCAAGGCAAAAAUGAAUUUACAUUCAUGGAAUAUGAAUCAUACUCAGAUUUCGAGCACAAUGUCACAAAACACGUGACUAGCAAGUCCAGUUUCAGCUUUGGUUUGAAAAUACCCAAAAUAUUUGAAUUUGGCAUUGACGAAGCAAGCAAUGCAGGCAAGCAUUAUAUUAGCAGAAUCAAACGAUUCUCUCAUACUGUAAAUAGAAACAAGAGAAAAACUAUGAUAGAGGACUUGGUGGUCUUGGUACGAGGAGGUGCGAGUGAGCACAUCACCACCUUGGCUUACAAGGAGUUGCCCACAGCUGAGCUGAUGCAGGAGUGGGGAGAUGCUGUGCAGUACAACCCAGCGAUCAUCAAAGUCAAGGCAGAGCCUCUGUAUGAAUUGGUGACAGCCACCGAUUUUGCCUACUCCAGCACUGUGCGGCAGAACAUGAAGCGGGCUCUGGAGGAGUUCCAGAGAGAAGCCAGUGCCUGCCUUUGUGCCCCCUGCCAAGGCAAUGGAGUCCCUGUCCUGAAAGGAUCCCGCUGUGACUGCAUCUGCCCUGUCGGUUUCCAAGGCCUGGCCUGUGAGCUCACCUAUCGUACAGAUGUCCCCAUUGAUGGACAGUGGAAUUGCUGGUCUGACUGGACUCCAUGCUCUGGAGGACGUAAAACAAGACAAAGGCAGUGUACCAAUCCAUCUCCUCAAAAUGGGGGCAGGCCCUGCUCAGGCCCUGCCUCGGAGAUCCUGGACUGCUAA